GGGAAAAGCAGGAGAUUUUUGUAUUAUUUUUGAAUCUAAGGAUAUGAUACAUUCAGGGAAAGUGAAUUAUCAUGGAAAAAUAGUGCUUGCACCUAUGGUGAGAAUUGGGGAGCUUCCUACACGAUUAUUGGCUCUAAAAUAUGGGGCGGAUCUUGUAUGGGGGCCAGAGGUAGUUGAUAAAUCGUUUGUUCAAGGAGAAAUAUGUAAACGAGUUGUUAAUGAGAAAAAUAAAUGUAUUUACUUUGUAAAGCCGCCAAAAAAUACUAUUUUGUAUAGUAUUCAUCCUAUGGAAAGAUCUAAAUUAAUUUUUCAACUUGGAUCAGCAGAUCCAGAACUUGCAGUUAAAGCGGCACAAUUGAUAGCAAAAGAUGUAGCAGCAAUAGAUCUUAAUUGUGGAUGUCCAAAGCACUUUUCUGUUCAUAGUGGAAUGGGAGCAGCUUUAUUAAAAAAUGUAGAUCUUUUAGAGAGUAUAUUAAUAGCUUUAGUUCAAAAUAUUGGUAUUCCUUAUAAAAUUGGGAUUAGUGCUAAGAUCAGGAUACUUGAAGACAUAAAAGAAACAGAAGCUUUGGUUAGAAGGAUAUGUGAUACAGGAAUUAUAGGAUUAACUAUUCAUUGCCGAACAAUUUCUAUGAGAAAUAAAGAGAAAGCUAUAAGGGAUCAAUUGAAAAUGAUAUCUAAAAUAUGUAGGGAAAAAGGUGUGGCUUGCAUUGCGAAUGGAGAUAUUGUAAAUAGAAAAGAUGGAUUAGAAGUAAUAAAAGAAUGGGAUGUUGAUGGUGCUAUGAUUGCCCGUGCAGCAGAAAAGAAUCCUAGUUGUUUUAGAAUGGAAGGACUUCUUCCUCAAAUAGAAAUUGCACAGGAAUGGUUACGUAUAGCAAUACAGACUGGUAAUUCAUUUUCAAAUACCAAAUUCUGUAUUUUGAAAAUUCUUGAUGAUAAAUCAAUUUCUAGAAAGACUAUAUUUCAACCUUUUCAAAAUGCAAAAUCAUUUCUUGAAAUGGUUAAAAUUCUUGGUAUAGAUAUAUAAAAUAUUAUUAAACAAUUAUCAAAGCAUUAAAUAUAGGAGGUUUC